GAGAGUUUAAAUACACGCAGGAGUCCUUCACAUCUCAAUAAGCUUGCUGCUACAAGGAGAAGUGUUUCAUCAACACAGUGGGACCCAAACUAUUUUAUUAUUCCUUCCAGAUUUUCUACGUGGUACCAAUUUGAAACAUGAAGAUGGUAAUUCUGUUGCUCUCUCUUCUGGGAUUGACCAUCGCCUUUCCAGUAAAUGAACUUACUAGAGCCCUUGCUACAAGCAACAGCAGAGAGAUGUUACGACUGCUGCAGAGGUACAGAGCUUUGGGAAAUAAUCCACAGCAAACCCAGCAACCGUCAAAACCUGCAGUUGGACUGCCUCCAGCAAAGUUGGUUCCAGAUCAGACUACAUUAACAAACCCGCUUCCCAAUGAGGCUACUCCACUUGAAUGGCCAUUUAUUAAUUUCCCCAAGACUCUUCCAAGAAUCCCAUUGGAUCUAGGAACGACAAACUUGCAACCCAUGCCUGGCUUGAACAUGCCUGGCUUGAACAUGUUGCCUUACACACAGAUGAUUCCAAUAGACAUCAAUACUCUUAUUACUCUGUUAGGACUUGGAGGAUUACCUUCAACACAAACCCUACCUUUACCAGGGGGUGGAAUGAACGUCCCACAGCAACUGCUGCCCCCACCACAAAUGCUUCCAAUUAUAUUUGCACAAAUGGGACCACAGGGUGCAGUGCUCAGCUCAGAAGAAAUGCAAUCACAGUCUCAGGUUUUUACUGGGUUACUUCUUCCUGGAAUGCAAGGAGUAUUGAUCCCUUCAGGCCAGGCUGAAGCCCUGCCUGAAGGUCAAGAGGGGCUACUUCCAGCAGGCCAGGCAGGAUCCAACCCAGGCAACACAGCCGGUCAGCUGCCAUUUCCAGAGGGCACCGCAGAUGCGACGGCCUUGGCAGGCAUCCAGAAGGUCUCCCCAGAAAUGAACGAUGACUUGAGAGGGACAGCAAAUGGACUGUAUCCAACUCCCUCCGGCUUCAGACAGCCAGGUCAUGACCACAGUGUCACCCAGUAUCCAUUUGUAGAACCCACUGCGUUCGUCAAAUUAAAUAUGGAACCAAGUGAGCUUCGGGAGCCACCUACUACAAUCGCAAGACCCGAGAAUGACAACACUCUGGGUGGUCAUACUUUGGCCCAAUCACUUGUGAGAGGAGACAGUCACAUGCCAGUAACCACUGUGAAGAGCAAACCAUUAAGAGAACCCUAAAGAAGGAGUAUUUAAUCCCAUGUGUGGUGUGCAUUGAUCAUCACUGCAGAUGUUAAGGUGCAAGUUAAGGUGGUAACUUCUGUUAAGUUUAAAGUAGGAACGACAAGGAUUUUUGUAAAUUAUGAUUAUUUGAAAUCUGAGAAUACUAUAUGUCUAACACCCUGACCAUAAUUUAACUGUAGUUCUAUAUCCUGGGGGUUGUUUUGUUCUGGAAUCUUAUGAAAAUGUCCUUCUAGCUGCCUCUGUCUGGUAAAACUAAGGAAAGAAUUCCCAGCAGUUUCGCAGAGAAAGACAGGGAACGCCCUGGGAAUGAUGGUGAGGAUAGUGGUCCAUAUCACCAUUUUAUGGACAUGGAUUUAACAUUUCCUUCUCUAGGUCUAUGGGAUUAUGACAGUUUGUUGCUGCUGGGUCUAUAUGAUAGAACAGUACUCCAUUUAAAUAUCUGGUAAAUUAAGUCUGCAGUCUCCACACUGAUAAAAGAAAGUGACCUAUUUUUGCUAAGACUGCCAGCCCCAGGUUGGGAAAUUCCUAUAGAUUUUAGAACAGUACAUGGAGAGAGUGGAUUUUGGGAAGGAGAGGGAGGUCAGCAGGGAUAUGAUGCCAUACUACCCAAAUUAUUGUUUCAACGCAACAGUAUCAUAAUAUAAGGUGACCAGAUGGUCACCUUUGUGAACCAGGACGGGGGUAGGCGGCCGCGCGCGCAGCCGCAGGAGCGCACAGCCUUCUGGGGCGCUGCCGUUUCCCGCCCUGUCACAGGGCAGGA